GUAACGCAUAUUUCAGUGUCUUGUCUCCUCUUAAGCUACGCAGGAGAUUUCGGAGAUGACACAGCAAGAGAUAAAUAAUCGUUUUACGGUUUGCGUGAGAAAGAGGCCACUAAGUGAAUCCGAAAAAAGCAGGAAGGAAGCCGAGGUUGUAGCAAUCCCCAGUCAUAACUGUGUAAUCGUCGAACAACCUCGAAUCAAACUCGAUCUCACAAAGCACGUCAAGAUGCACAAGUUUCAAUUCGAUCACAUUUUUGACGAAAUCGCUUCCAAUGAAACUGUCUACAAAUCGACUGCACAACCAUUGGUAAAAACCAUUUUUAAGCAAGGCUUUGCUGCAUGUUUUGCCUGUGGGCAAAGAGGUUCAGGCAAGACGUACACUAUGAGCGGAGAUCUCACAAAUGGAAAUCAGAAUUACGCUAGUAGUAUGUAUGCUAUGAGCGCUAGCGACGUUCUAGAGAUGCAAGACUCUGAGGAUUACAAGAACCUGGGUCUCACUGUCAGUUGCAGUUUCUAUGAAAUUUAUGGCGAGAAGAAUGGUAGGAAAAAAGUGCAACUUGUUGGAUUAGAAGAAGUUCCAAUACACUGUAAAGAUGAUGUCCUCCAUCUGUUGAAGCAAGGUACGGAAAUGCGCGCCGUAGAAUCAAACUCUGCACACCAAUCGAGGAACUCUCAUGCAGUAUUCCAAAUAAUAUUGAAGAGGAAUCGCAAACUUUGGGGCAAAUUCUCACUGAUAGAUCUAGCUAGUGACAGUCGUGACGAUUUAGCUAAAUCCGAUAGGCAAACCCAAAUGAAAGAAUCAGAAGUCUGUGAAUCCCUGUUUGCCUUGAAGGAAUGUUUGCGAGCGAUGGCCAGUAAUAGUCAAUACGUACCGUUUCGGGCUUCCAAGCUUACGUUGCUUUUGCGAGAUUUGUUAUUGAAACCAAAUGCGCGUAUUUGUAUGAUUGCUACAGUCAAUCCAGGAAUAUCCUCCUGCAAACAAACAAUCAAUAAUCUUCGAUUUGCUAACGGAGUGAGAGAAUUUGCUAAAGAAGGUGAAAACUCUGGUCCAACGAACGAGAUGCUAGUCUCAGUCCUUGCAGCUGCGAAAAAUGAUGCUCUCUUUAGCUGUUAUCUUUUUGAUAAGAGUAUGACCUACUGGGUGGAGAAAAAUCGCUCAAUUUGUUCGAAAAACAUGGAUGAUGAUGGGAUUGAUCAGGUCAUCAAUUUGAUUAGCAGUAUGUCUAGCGAUCUGUCUCGUUACUUAGGGCAACUAAAGAAAUGGCAAGAGCUGAAGGCAGCGGUGAAAAUGUCUAAAAAGACGGCUCCCUAUUGGUAACAACUGGAUGGACUGAUAGCAAAGCACAAUCGUUCCACUCAUAGAUCACAUAUAAAUUACAAAUUCUUUAUCCAGAGCUGGCUGACUAUCCAAAGUAAUGUCGAGAAAAAUCUCUAUGGAUUUUCAAAAUGUAUCUAGGGUAGAACAAUGAAAUAAAUGAGAACUAAC